AUUCUGCAUUGACGUUCGAGGAUUAGUAGAUACCACCUCAAUACUGGUUUUAAAGUACUCUGCCAUAUUUUGGAUGGAAUGUCGUUUAUUCGCUCAUAACAAUGUAUCUCGUAAUGAUUUAGAUAUACAGCUACUGAACAGAUUCUUGUCAGGAAAUAUAUCAGUUCAAAACUUUGCCGACUUUAAUUUGAUAGUAAAACCAUUUCAGAUGCUCCAUAGCUUUGAAGUUGAACGCUCAGUAGCUCAAAACCUCAUUAAUCAAAGUAGUUUUGUCUAUUUACAUGCUGAAAAAUAUACCUAUUCUAUAAUGAAUGAGUUCAAAUUGGACUAUAUAAGUAUAAAUCACGUACUAAUAUGCAGACAUGUUCGAUUCGAACCAAGAAAAUAUACAAUUCUCGUCAAUAACAGCCUUAUACCACCAGCUAUUACCAUAACUAUAGAUUUGAACUCCUCUAAGAUACUUAUCACAGACAAUGCAGAUCUGAACAUGGUAGACAUUGGUCAAGAUGGUGAACUGAACGUAUGUGAAGAUUUGCUGAACAGUAAACUGAAGAUGUUCAAAGAAGAUGUAUUAGAAGGCACCAACAGGGAGCUGGCUGGAACCUCUCUGGCUGAGUAUAUUGUUUCUAUAGCGUGUUCUUCAGCUUCGAUACUUUGUCUGGUUCUGACCUUGAUGACUUAUGUCCUGUUGAGUGAACUAAGAACUGAGGCAGGUCUGAAUAACAUGUUUCUCAGCAGUAGUCUUCUCUUAGCUCAAGUUUGUCUACUGAUUACCUCCCACAUCUUCAGGUCGAGCACAAUGUGUACAGUUCUUGGUGUGGUGACUCACUUCAUGUGGCUGUGGAUGUUCUCCUGGAGUUUCCUCUGCAGUUACCACAUGUUUCAAGUUUUUACUUCCAACAGCGUAAGACCCUCGUCACAGCAGGACAGGUUUAAGUUUUGGAAGAAAAUCUUGUUUUCACUGACCUGUCCUACAGUCAUCAUCGUGACCACUGUUGUUUGCAGUUAUUUGGUAUCAGCAGGACAGGAAAUAGGCUAUGGACGAUUUAGCUGUUACUUAAAUUCUACUUUACUUGUAGGUCUCACAGUGGCAGGGCCUUUAUCACUUGUCACGCUGACCAAUGUGGUGUUUUUCUCUGUGGCCGUACAAAAGAUUCACAGCGUGCGUAAGUUGCAGUCUAUCUUCAAGCAAAACGAGCGGAACCCUGAAUGGCUCAUCUAUGUCAAGAUGUCCUCUGUGACCGGUGCCUUCUGGGCAGUCGCUAUUCUUGCUGCUGCUUUGGAUAAUACUAUACUCAAGUCGAUUUCUAUAGUACUGAAUGGAUCUCAGGGCGUGGCUAUCUUCGUGUCAUUCAUCUGUAACAAGCGAGUCCUACUCUUGUACAAACAGAUGGCAAGUUUCAAUCGUGGAACCAGAACAGAGGAAAUCGGAGUAAAUUCAACACAGCCUGGCUGAGAAAUGUGCUUGACAAACUUAAAACACAACAUUUGCUUAUUUACUUAACCCAUUUAUCUUACCAAUUACCUUUUACGUUUGAUGUAAAAAAUCUUAAGCUGAAAUGCAUUGCAUUUGAAACAAAAAUAAUUGCAGUUAAAUAGUGGACUUUUUUGUUGUAUUUGUGUAAAUUUUUUGUUUUAUAUACAGAACAUUAUAGACAAAAAUUUCUACUAGGUGAGGUU